CGGGGUCGAUGUCGCCGGGGUGAGGGUGAAGGAGUCACAGGAGCGGGGCCAGGGACAGGAGCGGGGCCAGGGACAGGAGCGGGGCCAGGGACAGGAGCGGGGCCAGGGACAGGAGCGGGGCCAGGGACAGGAACCGGGUCAGCAGGCGGAGGGGGCGCCUCGGGAGCUGCUGCAGCGCGGUCAGGAACAGGAGCUGGCUGCAGUGGGGGCGCCUGCCCGGGAGCUGCAGCAGAUGGCUGCAGUGGGGGCACCUGCCCGGGAGCUGCAGCAGGCGGCUGCAGAGGGGGCGCCUCUGCAGGAACAGGAGCACGGUCAGGAACAGGAGCUGGCUGCAGUGGGGGCGCCUGCCCGGGAGCUGCAGCAGGUGGCUGCAGUGGGGGCGCCUGCCCGGGAGCUGCAGCAGGCGGCUGCAGUGGGGGCGCCUCUGCAGGAACAGGAGCACGGUCAGGAACAGGAGCUGGCUGCAGUGGGGGCGCCUGCCCGGGAGCUGCAGCAGGCGGCUGCAGUGGGGGCGCCUGCCCGGGAGCUGCAGCAGGCGGCUGCAGAGGGGGCGCCUGCCCGGGAGCUGCAGCAGGCGGCUGCAGAGGGGGCGCCUGCCCGGGAGCUGCAGCAGGCGGCUGCAGAGGGGGCGCCUCUGCAGGAACAGGAGCACGGUCAGGAACAGGAGCUGGCUGCAGUGGGGGCGCCUGCCCGGGAGCUGCAGCAGGCGGCUGCAGAGGGGGCGCCUCUGCAGGAACAGGAGCACGGUCAGGAACAGGAGCUGGCUGCAGUGGGGGCGCCUGCCCGGGAGCUGCAGCAGGCGGCUGCAGAGGGGGCGCCUGCCCGGGAGCUGCAGCAGGCGGCUGCAGAGGGGGCGCCUCUGCAGGAACAGGAGCACGGUCAGGAACAGGAGCUGGCUGCAGUGGGGGCGCCUGCCCGGGAGCUGCAGCAGGCGGCUGCAGUGGGGGCGCCUGCCCGGGAGCUGCAGCAGGCGGCUGCAGUGGGGGCGCCUGCCCUGGAGCUGCAGCAGGCGGCUGCAGUGGGGGCGCCUGCCCUGGAGCUGCAGCAGGCGAAGGGGGCUGUGCAGGCA